GUUGUGCCAACGAGAUAGAAAGAGAAAGGGAAAGGAUAUACGAUUAUAAUGCCAUCUACGAGGGUUGGUUAGAAGGGUGAAUUUUUCUACGUAACGCUUGUUCUAUGACUUAUCGACUUUGGUUUGGGAAAUUUUCGCGGUGGUGAGUUUGGCGGCACACGUGAGCCAUGUCAUACACGAUACGCGUUUGCUCGAGGAUACUGAAAAUCACUAUUCAAGAGAACGAAUAGAAACAGAGAUAAAAACACCUUAUUAUAAGUAAUACCUAAUACCAGAAAAAGAAGAAGAAGAACAACAACAAUAAGAAGAAUAAGAAGAAGAAUAAGAAAAAGAAUAAGAAAAAGAAUAAUAACAAUAAUGAUAAUAGACAUAAAUCUGAAAUAAAAUGUUGAUUAAAACGUUUGAUCAUAUUUCGUUUAACCGUUAAAUAUGUGCAUAGAACCCACGUGGACUUGCAAUCAAUAGUGCAGUGUUGUUGCACGGGGGUCAAUCAACCCGCGCUCGAGGUCAACUUCAUGGUGUCUUCUCUCUGGAAGCUUGCGAACCCGCUCGAUAGCCUGUCCUCGAUGUCGAAUUAAAAGAAAAUAAUAAAAAAAGAAGGAGUUAAAGAAACAAAACAAAAAAAAAUAUAUAUAUAUAUAUAUAUACAAAUAUAUAUGAGAAAUAUUUUGAAAAUAUAAAAAUAUGUUAAUACGAGAUCAAACGGAGAUACGAACGAUUUGAAAAUAAGAAUCGGUUGGAAGAAGAUUUUUUUUUUACACGUGAAACCGAUUGGAGGAGGAACAAAGGGGGGAAAAAAGAAAAAGAAAAAAAAUAAAUUUAAAAAAAAGGAGAAAAAUAAAACGGGGGAAAAUACUUAACCUAAAUCGUUCAUAAUCGCCAAAAGCACUUUAAUCUUCGUUCCGGGAUUCACGGUGGCGGUCUCGACGUCGAUGGUACCUCGUAGAAGUAAAAUAAUUGAAUAAGCCGGAGGCAGAAGCUAGGAAGGGGGAAGGGAGGAAAAAGGAUAGAUAGAAAGAGAGAGAAAGAGAGAGAGAGAGAUAGAGAGAAAGGGAUAGAGAUAGAGAAAGGGGAAGAGGAGUACCUUUCGUUAGACGAAAUUUAUAAUAAUUCCAUCGGCACCCAGGGCAUUGUAAAAGGGCUGAUAAGGUCCCCUCCUGUUUCCUUUUGACUAAGAGGAAGGACCUUCGUGUCGUUCUUUAGUCCUUUAAAGGAGAAGAGCACAGUGAAAUAGAUAAGAACGUUAAGAAGGCAAGAAAGAGGAAAAGUCAUACAGUUCCAACUUCAACGAGAAGAAUAAUAAUUAUAAUAAAAGAGAGAGAAAACGAAGAAAAAGAUCUAAUUAAGAAGAAGAGAGUAAGUGAGAAAGAGAGAGAGAAAGAAAUAAAGGGUAAAUGUUAUCGAGAUCAGACAUAGUCUCGGAACGUUCUAGUUCACGUCGAGCGUGAAAUGGUCCUCGUGAAGAGUCGUCACAAGGGUGAAAUCACUCGGGUCAGGGACAUCCAGUUGGAAAAAGGAAAUCGUCGAGGUUUCUGUCAUUGCGAGAGAAGAGUCUCGAAACCGUCGUUGGCAUUGGCGAAGGCGAAGGCAAAGGCGAAGGCGAGACCGAGAGAAGGAGAAUAAAUAAAAUAGCCUCGUGACGGAGGGACUUCGUACGGCCCUGGCGCGGCUGCGGCACUGCGCCCCCACGGGGGGCUCUCUGCCAAAUACUCCGAAUCUACCCUCUACCCCCGAACACAAGGUUCACAUCGUAAAACCUCGAAUGACAAUAAUCAUUCGUAACGAGUGGAGCGGCUAGUCUCGAAGAUGGCGAAUUUAUCGGGACGCCUCAUAAAAAAAAAGGGAAGAAAUGGAAGGAAGAAAUCGUGUUUCUUGCUAAUAGCGGUACCCAAUCACGUGCAUAGUUCUAUCCAGCUCGCGAGACAUUUAAUCGAAAAGGGAUGUUUGGAGAAUCGUGGCUCCCCUGGGAGGGCCGGAGGAGGAGCAGGAGGAGCAGGUGGUGGCGGAGGAGGAGGAGGAGGAAGCAGCAGCAGCAGCUCACGGGGUACCGGAUGUGAUUCAGGAGAGUCGCAGUCGCAGCCAUCGCGUGGUAGUGGUGGUGGUGGUGGUGGUGGGCGUCAUGGGGGUUCAGAAGGUUCUUCCUCAAAGGACGGUGAUUUACUUUCGCAUGCCGCUUCUGCAUUACGUAGGCUCCACUUCAAAUCCGCCGGUGGAAGUCGUAGCUGUCGUACGGUACCAAAGGUUGUGGUCAUGGGUUCCAGUACAGCAUCUGAAACCACGAUCAACACUAGUACUGAUAGCGCCAACACUAUGGUCACUAUGGUGACAACGACGGACGGGGAACAACCGGACGACAGUUUUGAUUUGAUAGACGUACCACCGGAAAUGUCGCCGCCACCUGUCGCGCCAACGUCGAAGGACACGCAAAGCAAUUCAUCUGGCACGCAACAAAUCGUUCUUCCAUCGGAAAAGCUCGAUUCCAAUCACGUAGAACCUAAUUCGAAAAGCACGGCCAACGUGCAAUCCACUGCAAGCACUGCCCAACACCAUGGUGGUACCAUGUCGCCGAUUACUGAUACCGUCGACGACAUGGGCGCACCCCCACCCACCCCCAUGAUUGGAGCUCAUCAAGAGUCUAGGUUCACAUUCAUUAGCGGUAGAACACCACCCCUUCCUGAUUUAAGGGCUGCCGAAUUUUUCAGUACUCCAGUUAGAGGCUCGGUGGAUGCCGGACAACCUGAUCCAAAUCAAAUAAGCUCGAUGCUAGCAUUGAUGGCAACAAAAGACAAACAAAUUGACAAAGGUGCAUUGGUCAACGUUAAUUCUAAUCACACGUCAUUGACGAAGGUAACUCAAUCCUGUGAAAAAAACGGCGUCGAUACGAAAUACAAUGCUGGACAGAAGAAACCAAAUAUCAAUGUUACGACGAAUCCAUUGGAUAUUUCAUUGGUUGGUGGUCAACCAUCUUGUAACGUACAGACUCCGACCGGUACUACAAACAAAAGUCGUGGAAGGCCAACGGCAGCCAAAAUGGGACGCACCAUGAAAAAAUACUUCGUUCGAUGUACGCCAAAUCAAAGAGGGAGCGCCGGUGGAAAAAAUAGACCAACUCAGGCGACCAUUGUGGUCCAACAACCGUCCCUUUCGUUGGAUGCACCAGCUGCUACGAUUCUUUUACAUCCGGACGCGGAUGCGAGAAGACGAGAAGAAAAUAUGAGACAAUUGCUUGAUGUUGCGAACACCCUCACCCUACAGGAGAUUCACGACUUCGAAAUGAGAUAUGGAAGUCCACAUCACAGUCGUUCGCAGUCAGUGAAAACUCCAGGUAGCCGAUCAUCCGGUCGGCCAAAUUACUUGUGUCUUCCGCAGCAAAGGUCGAGAGUGGCCAGUAUGCCGAAUACAGGAGUCGAAGAAGAAUAUUACAGGCUGAGGCAUUUCAGUAUUACCGGAAAAGGUGUUGUGAAUAGAGGGGAUUCCUUAAAAAGUCGAAGAUCACGUUCGAACAAUAGCGUCGCAUCGAGCAACUCGAGGGAGAUUUUACGAGAUUCCAAACCGGUUGCUUAUAGUACCGAACAUUUGACGGCUUCUUAUCCUGGCUCGGCAAGAAAUUCGGCAGCAGGUUCACUUGCGAGUUCACGCGAGAGUAGCGCAUCACAGGAUCCUGCACCUUAUCGGGUUUUGAUGUUGGGUGCACCAGCAGUUGGAAAAAGUUCCCUCGUAUCUCAAUUUAUGACGUCGGAAUAUUUACACGCUUAUGAUACUUCUAUCGAUGACGAGUCCGGUGAGAAAACUGUAAGCGUGUUGUUGGCCGGCGAGGAGUCCGAGUUAACAUUCAUUGACCAUUCGUGCGCAGAAAUGACGCCGGAGAAUUGUAUAUCUACGUACGAACCACAUGCAUAUUGCGUUGUUUAUUCAACUACGGAUCGUACAUCUGUGAAAGUAGCUGAAGAUGUUCUUCAAGCACUUUGGCGUAGCGACCACGUAUCUGCGAGGGCGGUCAUUCUCGUUGGAAACAAGGUUGAUCUAGCUAGGAGUCGUGUGAUAUCGACCGAAGAAGGUAAAUCAAUGGCAACGUCGUUCGAUUGCAAAUUCAUCGAAACAUCGGUUGGAAUAAAUCAUAACGUGGACGAAUUAUUGGUUGGACUAUUAACGCAAAUACGUUUAAAACUCGAAAAUCCAGAAAGGACGCGUGAUCUAUUUCGUAAAAGGUCAAGAAAAAAUCGUAGCAGAUCACCGUUGGGUUCUUGUUCGGAGAACAACUCGCCAAAGAAGUACAGAGGUAGUAGGACAAGUACCAGCCUAAAGGUACGAAAUUUGUUGGGUAAGGUUUGGGCAAGGGACAGUAAGUCAAAAAGUUGUGAGAAUCUUCACGUUCUUUAGAAUGACAAAAGAUAGAAGAAAAAAAAGAGAUAGUAAGAUAAAAUAAUCGAUGACGGCGAAAUCGAAGAAUAAAAAAAAAAACCAAAAAAAGAAAUAUAAAAAAAAAAAAACAGAGAAAUUUAAGGCCGAUCCUCCAAAUCAACGCGCGAUUUCGAUUUUUAUCAUCGCGAAUGAGAAAAAAAAAACACGAUGAGAAAAAUAAAAAAAAAAAGGAAUUUUUUUUUUUCUUGGAAACAGGAUUAUCGGAUCGUAAGAAAAAUAACAAAAAAAAAAACGAUUUUCGUUUCCGGAAUUAAUUGUUUCUACGAAAGAGAGGGAAAAAGGGGGAAGAGAAUGAAAAAUAUAAAAAAAAAAUUAAACGAUUUGAAACGAAAAAAAGAAAAUAAUUAAAAAAAAAAAAGUAAAGAAAAGAAAAUUCAUAGAAGUUAAUGACUACCUCGAGAAUAUUGUGUUCACCUCCCCCAUCCCCCACCCUCUGCAAAUACAUUUUUUUAAAUCGUCUCUCAUUUCUUGUGUUUUUAUCCUCCUACAAAACAACUGUUAUAUCUGAUUAAAUCAAGAGUUCGAAACCUUUCUCUUUUUUUUUUUUUUUUCUUUUUUUUGAUCGUUAUAAUGACUUCCUAUAUUUCGAGCACGUUUCUAAAAUAAAAAAUAAAAAAAGUAAAAAAAGAAAUAAAAACGAUAUAAAAUAAAUACCAUAAAUCAAUAUGAACUCGUCAUACAAGCAUCCUUUCGUAGUUUUAAAACCGAAAUAAACCGUUCGAAAAAAAAAGUGUUCGCGCAUAAGAUCCCGUUUGAAUUUUUUUGUUUUCAAAAUAAAAUCAAUAUUUAUUUUUCGUAAUAACUAUUCCUAUAGCCCGAGGAUAAGAAAUAAUAACAAUAUCUUUCCUUCGGUAAUCCUGUUUCUCACGUAUUUARACAAUUAUCUAUAUUAUUAUAUAUAUAUAUUCCUCGACCAAACGAUAAAAGUAAGAUUGUUGUUAUUGUAUCGUAAAAAUGCCGACUUUUUAAACGAAAGAACAAGCGAGAAUGCGAGAGAGAGAGAGAGAGAGAAAGAAAGAGAGUAUGAAAAAUUAAAAAAAUUCACACACUUGCAUACAUAUGUAUAUCGUAUGUGAUAUUAGAAAUCGAUGAGCAAAAAUACGUUAUUGCAACAAAAUGAUGUCACAGAUAGUCAAAUUUUGAAUGACAAAAAAAUAAAGAAAACACAGGAAAAUAGAAAGAAAUAGAGAGAGAGAGAGAUAGAGAGAGGGAAACAAAAAGAAGAAAAAAGAGAAAAAAGGGGACAAGAAAUAUUUUAAUGUACUUUCUUAAAAUCGGUGAACAAUUUAACGAUAAUGAAACGAGUUGAGACUGUUCCAAAUUUUUCUGAAACUACCAAGAGACAUUUAUUUCUGCUUACUUUUGAACAACCUCGCAGCCGAAAUAAUGUAAUAGAACGAAAUGAAGUUCGUUCAUUUUAUAUACAAUACGUAUUACAUACGUGUAUAGGAUAUACGCACACGCACACACAUACACACACACACACAUGUACACUUUCAUACACAUUGAAACAUAUACAAUAUAUAACACAUGCUACACAUGUAUACCUGUGCUGGAAGCUUUUUUAG